AUGGCGUCUAAUUUCAUUCUAGUGUUCUGCUGGUUCUCCUUGCUGGCAUCUUCUGCAGCUCAAGAUCACUAUGGGCAGAGUCCGUUGAUUCCGACCAGCAUCGAGGAUGAAGCCUCACCACCCAGCUCAAGUCCGGCCAAGGCAUGUGCUUACUGGCUUGAGGACAUCUCCCAUCAAGGUAUUGCGGCCUUCAAUCCGCGGCCGAGCAGCUAUCGAGUCUUUCGGAACGUGAAAGACUAUGGCGCAAAGGGUGACGGCGUGACUGAUGACACAGCUGCUAUUAACCUGGCAAUCAGCAGUGGGGACAGAUGUGCUCCAGGAAAUUGCAACUCUUCGACAACCACACCAGCCGUUGUCUACUUCCCCGCGGGCACGUAUAUGAUAUCUCGCUCAAUCAUCGAUUACUACUAUACUCAGCUCAUCGGCAACCCGAACUGCAUGCCGACGAUUCGCGCAAACAGAAAUUUCACGGACCAAAUUCUGAUCGAAGGAAACUUCGCGAAGGGGUACAGUCCUACCAACAUCUUCUGGCGCCAGAUUCGCAAUCUCAACAUCGACAUGACGCUGCUUCCCCCGGCAAAUUCGGCGAUAGGCAUUCAGUGGACGACGUCGCAAUCCACCAGCCUUCAAAAUCUGAGGUUCUUGAUGAGCGACGCGAAGGGCACUCAACAGACAGGAUUGCGCAUGUACGAAGGAUCUGGCGGCUAUCUCGGCGACCUGGCUUUUUAUGGAGGUUAUCAGGCCGCCUGGAUCGGAAAUCAGCAAUUCACCAUGAGAAAUCUCUCAUUUCACAAUGCGGUAACCGCCAUAAAGAAUGAGUGGGACUGGAGCUGGACAUACCAAAACAUCAACAUCGUCAACUGCUCGACAGGUCUAGACAUGUCUGGGACCGGCUCGGUCACCUUUUUUGACUCGAGCAUCACCGACACGCGCGUGGGCAUACGUACCUCGUACAAUUCUCGACAACCUGCUACUGGAAGCUUGGUGUUAGAGAACGUCAAACUCAAGAACGUCCAUGUUGCCGUACAAGGAUCAAGCGGGCCCCUUCUUACGGGCACAAAAGGCUCUACGACCAUGGCUAUUGCGGGCUGGGGAGAGGGUAUUACAUAUACACCCACCGGGGUCAAGUCGUUCCAAGGACCCGUCAGUCCGAACGCAAGGCCAGCGUCUCUCCUCAGCGGCGAUCAGUACUAUGUUCGAUCCAAGCCCUUAUACGAGGCUGUCCCUCUUUCUCAAUUCCUCAGUGCGAGAACCAUCGGAUGUCGAGGUGACGGCGUAACGGAUGAUACGUCGGCUCUACAAGCUGCCAUUCUCGCUGCCGCCUUUUCCGGCAAGAUCCUCUUCAUCGAUCACGGCACAUACAAAGUCUCGUCCACAGUCUACAUACCCGCGGGUGCCAGGAUCGUCGGUGAGACGUUUCCCGUCAUCAUGGGAAGUGGAGGAUGGUUUGCAAACAUGAACCAGCCAUUCCCCGUUCUGCAAGUCGGCCGGCCCGGUGAAAGGGGAUUUAUCGAGCUGUCCGACUUGAUCGUCAGCACCCAGGGAUCCGCGCCCGGUGCCAUCCUCAUCGAAUACAAUCUGGCUUCCCCGGCCAGUUCGCCCUCGGGAAUGUGGGAUGUGCACACGCGGAUCGGGGGCUUCGCCGGCUCCAAUCUCAGCGUCAAGCAGUGCCUAAAAACACCGGAAAUACUCAUACCGCCGGCACCCAUUGACCCCGAUUGCAUCGCGGCGUACAUGACGAUGCACUUGACCAAGUCCUCAUCCGGUCUCUAUCUGGAGAACGUGUGGCUUUGGGUGGCCGACCACGACCUUGACGACCACGACCAGAGACAAAUCACCAUCUACGCGGGCCGUGGACUCUACGACGAAAGCGUCUCGGGAAACUUCUGGCUCGUGGGCACGGCGGUCGAGCAUCACACGCUAUAUCAGUACCAAUUCGCCAACACGCAGAAUGUUGUCAUGGGUUUGAUCCAGACUGAGACGGCGUACUACCAGCCAAAUCCACCCGCGGUGCUGCCGUUCCCCGUGAACCCUGCCCUCCGAGAUCCAAGCUACGCCGCGAUCUGUAGUUCGCCGCUCUUCGGGGGCAACUGCACCGCGUACGCUGUGCGGAUCCUCGACUCGAGCUCGAUCCUCACCUACGGCGCCGGGAUGUACAGCUUUUACAACAACUACAAUGGGAGUUGCCAGCCGCCCGGACUGUGUCAGCCAGCCCUCUUCUCGCUCGAUGGGAGGCUCGCGAACAUCGGCGUGUAUAACUUGAACACCGCGGGGACGACGGAUUUGAUCGUCCGGGACGGGAAGGCUCUGGUGCAGAAGGCGAGCGAUGGCAGCACUUUGUCCGGGUUCACAGAUACUUUGGCGCUAUACAGGAUCUGA